GGAGUAGCUUUGUCCAGAGCUCACUUUGAAAAGCAGCCACCCUCCAACUUGAGGAAAUCCAAUUUCUUUCACUUUGUUCUGGCUCUCUACGACAGACAGGGGCAGCCCGUGGAAAUAGAGAGGACAGCUUUUGUGGACUUUGUAGAAAAUGAUAAAGAGCAAGGCAAUGAGAAGACGAACAACGGCACGCAUUACAAACUCCAGCUCCUUUACAGCAACGGUGUCAGGACUGAACAGGAUCUGUAUGUCAGACUCAUCGAUUCGGUCACUAAGCAGCCCAUAACUUACGAAGGACAGAACAAGAAUCCCGAAAUGUGCAGAGUUUUACUUACCCAUGAAGUCAUGUGCAGUCGGUGCUGUGAGAAGAAAAGCUGCGGCAACAGAAAUGAGACUCCGUCUGACCCCGUGAUCAUCGACAGAUUCUUCUUAAAAUUUUUUCUCAAGUGCAAUCAGAAUUGUUUGAAAACAGCAGGAAACCCAAGAGAUAUGAGGCGAUUCCAGGUUGUGCUAUCAACAACAGUGAACGUGGAUGGGCACGUACUGGCGGUGUCUGACAACAUGUUUGUCCACAACAACUCCAAGCAUGGGCGGAGGGCGAGGAGACUCGACCCCUCAGAAGCCACGCCGUGCAUCAAAGCAAUCAGCCCAAGUGAAGGCUGGACUACAGGGGGAGCGAUGGUGAUCAUUAUUGGAGACAACUUCUUCGAUGGGCUGCAAGUUGUGUUUGGAACCAUGCUUGUAUGGAGUGAGCUGAUCACGCCUCACGCCAUCCGAGUUCAGACACCUCCCCGCCACAUCCCCGGAGUGGUUGAAGUGACAUUAUCGUACAAAUCCAAACAGUUUUGCAAAGGCGCGCCGGGCAGGUUUAUUUACACAGCUUUAAAUGAACCUACCAUAGAUUAUGGCUUCCAAAGACUGCAAAAGGUCAUCCCAAGACAUCCUGGUGACCCUGAAAGAUUAGCUAAGGAAAUGCUGUUGAAACGCGCUGCUGACCUGGUCGAAGCACUGUACGGCACGCCACACAACAACCAGGACAUCAUCCUGAAACGGGCCGCAGACAUCGCGGAGGCGCUGUACAGCGUGCCCAGGAACCCCGCGCAGAUCCCCGCGCUGUCCAGCUCCCCCGCGCACAGCAGCAUGAUGGGGAUCAACUCCUACGGCAGCCAGCUGGGGGUCAGCAUCUCCGAGUCGGCGCAGGGGAACAACCAAGGUUACAUCCGCAACACAAGCAGCAUCUCGCCCCGGGGAUACUCGUCCAGCUCCACACCUCAGCAGUCCAACUACAGCACUUCCAGCAACAGCAUGAACGGGUACAGCAACGUCCCCAUGUCCAACCUGGGCGUCCCCGGCUCCCCCGGCUUCAUCAACGGCUCCCCAACAGGGUCCCCCUACGGAU